AUGGCAGAACCAAACGAACCCCAUUUUACCGCUGAAAGUUUGCCAAAUGCAGUGCCUUCUAUACCGGCUCCUGCAAAGCAAUCAGUCCGGUCCUUCAAGAAGAAAUAUGCCAAAUUGAAGGUCAGGUUUGAGCUGGGAACUCGGGAAAAUGAGAGUUUAAUUCGGGAAGAAUUGCGCAUAGAGGAUCUAUCCAAGCGCAUCCAAGAGCAAAACGAUCAAUUGCUGGAGGUUCUCCUCGAGUUCAACGAAAGCCUACAUGUUUCUCCCGAUGUCCGAUUCGAUCUUAGCAUGCCAACCGACCCUCCGUUGCUACCAACCCCCCAGCAGGAAAUCGUACCUUUGAUCAAUGAUGCAACACUGGCCAAACAAACAUGGAAGGAAGCCAAAGCUGGCUUGGCUGCCGGUAACAUUGAUACGGGUGCUUAUCGUAUGAUUGAAGAUAACAUCAAACGAAACAAGGCGUUUGCACCAGCCCAGCAGUAUAGCUCCCUGAUACAGUCUCAUCACAUCACUCCAGACAUUGUUGAAAAGAAGCCUUACAAUGACUGUGAAAGCCAACUUGGAUACUUUACGCCUGAGCAUGAAACCGAAUACUACCUUGCCUUGGACGCCAAGCUAGGCGAUGAGGCCGCUGCUACGCAGCUUGCACGCAUUCCAGAUCGUCCCACGUUUGCGGAACGUGAGCGCGAUCUUUCCAUGCGGAAUCCCGCAUCUGUGUACAAUUGGCUGCGUCGCAACCAACCGCAGACUCUCCAGGAUAAUGAGAUUGCUUCUGAAAAGUCUGCAUCACGCCCUUCGAAUCAGCGAUCGUCCAAGCGAGCGCCGGCUCAGCGCAAAGAUGAGGAUAUGUAUGACGAAGACGGGACAGAGGCCCAGCCUACUCCCAAGAACAAGCGCAAACGCGACGAGGACACUGGAUAUAGACCCAAGGGUGGUAGCAGCCGGUCCAAAAAGAAGAAGGAAGAGCCUACUUCGAACCCAAGCAAAGUGGCCAAAAAGCCUUGA